AUGUGCUAUGUCAUUUGUUUCAGGUAUGAUCAUAAUGCGGGACAUGCUGUUUUUGUAGUUUUUUCAGUAUUGCUUUUCCAUUUCCUAAUAACCGGGGCAGUAUUGGCUACAUUUUGUUGGUUCUUUACAAACAAUUAUCUUCAAGAAGAAGCUUUAAACAGCCAUGUGGUGGAGCAAAGGGUAGAGUGGUUGUAUGCCUUUGAUGUACAUUGCAACUCUUUCUUCCCAAUGUUCGUGUUGCUUUAUGUUGUGCAUUAUUUUCUAUCACCUCUUCUGGUAGCUCAUGGUUUUGUUCCUGAAUUGUUGUCAAAUUUGCUCUUCAUGGUGGCUGUUUCCUACUAUCAUUACCUCAAUUUUUUAGGCUAUGACGUAUUGCCCUUCUUGGAGAGAACCACUUUAUUUCUAUAUCCAAUUGGCAUUGUCAUAGUCCUUUCCCCUGUCUUGAUAUUGAUGGGCUUCAAUCCAUCAAGAUAUUUUAUGAAUGUGUACUUUAGUCAAGUGCAAUAG